AUGAGCUCCCGACGAUCUGCAAGAGUCUCAACAGGCAAGCGUCUGAGCUACCGGGAGGAAUCCGACCAAGAGAAUGCAGUCCACCAUCUGACCGAGGACGAGUAUCAGGCGGGAGACCGCGGAUCGACAAGUGCUGAUGAGGUGCUCAAGGACGGCUCGUCCGGAGAUCCAAGCGAAGAAGAGGAGCAACGCGACCGACCUGCCAAACGUCGAAAGAAGAACACCUCAACUCCCUCCAAGCGCGCAGCACCGACGAGCAUCAAAGGCGAUGAAUGCCAACCCGGCGUCACUCGUGUUGUAGCAAAACUCGUUGGGCCGCCUCAAUCCGGACACGUUGCUCGUGGUGAACUCAGUCCGAACGUGCUCAAGUUCCUCUCAGAUCUGCAGGCCAACAACGAGAGGCACUGGUUCGCCCGUCAUGACGCAGUGUAUCGCUACUGCUCGAAGAACUUCGCCGAGUUCACCGAAGCUGUGCUGAACGACUUCAUGGAGAAGGUCGAUUCUACGCUCCCGUGGCUGCCAACGAAGGACAUUGCCUAUCGAAUCUACCGCGAUGUCCGAUUUUCAAAUGACAAGACGCCUUACAAGACGAAUCUCAUGGCUUCCUUCUCGCGAGGCGGAAGGAAGGGUCCAUUCGCUGGCUACCACCUUUUGAUCAAGCCAGGUGGACGCAGCUUCAUCGCCGCAGGCCGCUGGCAACCGGAGAGGGAGGACCUGGCAGUGAUUCGGCAACACAUUCUCCAUGAUACACCUGAAGCACAGGCCUUGAAAGCAGCGGUCAGGGAGACAGCGUUCACCAAGUGGUUCGGCGCACCGAAAGGCGAGACGAGCAAAACAGAGCCGAGAACGAAGAAGGGCGCCCGAGAGCAACAGCGCUGCAAUCUUUGGGGCGGCGACGACCAACUGAAGGUGGCGCCUAAGAUCGCUGGUGUUGACAAGAUGCACAAAGACAUCGACUGGCUGAAGCUCCGCAGCUUCUGCGUCAUUCACAACUUUUCUGAUGCCGAGGUAUUGCGCAAGGACUUCCGACAACGACUGGUCGAGGUGGCCAAAGUAUCCGAGCCCCUUGUUCGCAUAUUGAAUUCGAUGACCUCGCCAGAUCCUCCAUCUCCGCCUGGCUCGGAUCAUGAUGGCGCCGAUGCUGAUGGUGCCGAUGGUGGUGGCGGUGGCGAUGACGAUGAAGGAUUCGUCGCCACAGAGUCAUUUGACUAUGUAGACGAUGACGAUAACGACGACGACAACGACAACGACAACGACGACAACGACGACGACGACAACGAUAACAGCAGCGCCGAUGAAGAUGGCUACGGAGGCUACGAGUGA